AUGCUGAUCACGCUGUGCUACCUGUACCUGUGGGCGCGGCGGGGGCCGCGCGCGGCCGCGCUCGUGCGCGGCACCGUGAGGGGCCUGCACGGCUCCCGCCGCUGCUCCUUCAGCUUCUGCGCCCGCCCCCCGCGCCCCGGCGAGCGCGUCCGCCUCCGCCUCGGCGGGAGGGUGUUCUGCACCGGCGAGGCGCAGUUCCUUGAUGACUUAAACAGGUGGAGUCUCCUUCUCGUUUCCCCCUUCAUUUACCCUGAGAAGUUGCUUAAUGCAGAACACAUAGCUUUUGUGACAGAAAGCAUUUCUGCUCAGACAGAGAACCUGCAGAGAGGACCUGACUCUUCAAAAGAGAUUGUGAGGUGGUCAGACUACUGCUCACCCUUGGCCUAUAAACCUGGUGAACCUUUCAAGUUGAUUGCUGAAGCGAGCGUGGAUAAUUUCAGUAGCCUUGGAAUAGCGUUCUUGGAAGACAGGCUCCAAAUGGAUAACGGGAUGGUGCCCCACAGGAUUGUUUCUGUCCAUUUACAGGAAUCUGCUCUGCAGGAGUUGGCGCAGGAGGCACCACCUGUGAAAGAGCAGAGCGCACAAAUGGAUGAAGCAACUGUUAAAUCAGGAUUGGGAGGGCAGAGUGAGGAGGAGAAAUCCAGGCCAGAGGAGGAAGGUGAUCGUGGGGAUGAGCCCAGCAAUCUGUCAGGAGAGCAUCACCACUUGCAUCUUUCCAGCUGCCGCGAGUGCCUGCAGCUGGAAAACAGCACCAUCGAGUCGGUCAAAUUCGCCUCUGCAGAAAACAUUCCGGAGCUUCCCGAUGAUGCCAGCAGCAGGCUGGAAGAGGAGAAGGAUGACUGCCUAGAAAGAGGGAUGAAGAGGGUGAACCUCGCUGGGAAGCCCCCGAAUGUGUUGAUUUACCUCGGCUCUGAGGGGGCCAAGGGGAAAUUCGAGCAGGUGAGAUCGAUCCUUCGGGAGUGCGUCGACGCAGAGAGCUACACCAUCUACCAGCUGCACCAGGAGCAAGUGCUGAGAGACCCCUGGAUCGACAACGCCCUGCUCUUGGUCAUUGCCUCGGAGGAGCCCAUUUCUGAGGGGAGCCACGAGCAGUUCAUGAAGUUUUUGUCCAAAGGCGGGAAGAUUCUCGGGAUUUCUUCGUCCUUCACGUUCGGCGGCGUUCGGAUCAAGCGGAAGAACAAGCUGAGGAGGACUGUCCAUGAACUGGUGGUGUCCACAAAGGACAGCCCUGAGGUGAAGCUGGAUCUGGUGGUCAGUGGCUGUGUCUUCGAGGAAGGGGGGAAGGAAGAGGCCGGCAAAGUGAAGACGUUGUGUCGAUUAAAUAACGCCGAGAAAGACACAGUUAUUGUUCACCUGACUCACGGAGAGAGUGGAGGAGAAGCCAUCCUUUCCCAGGCCCACUUGGAGCUGGACAGCAAUUCCAUGGACGUCCAAACUGAGGAGGAUUUUAACCUGCUGAAGAUGAGCAACACCAAGAGAUACCAAGUCCUCAAGGAGAUCCUGGUGUCACUCGGCCUGAGCUGUGAAUUAAGGGAUCUUCCCACCUUAACACCUCUUUACCUGCUCUCUCCUGACGAGGAAAUCCACCUCGCCUUUCUGAAGUGGCUGGAGGGGAAUGUGGAUGCUGAAGGAUUAAGGGCAUCCAGCAAGGUGUCCCUUAAAUUCGUUUCCUCCUGGGACCCCCAAGCGGAGGUGACUCCAUCGCUCGUGCCGGUGGUCACGGAGAUGGGGAGUUUCUCCUCGGAGCAUUUCAGCCUUGAGAUGUAUCAGCAGAACCUUCAGACCAAGAAGCUGGGGAAGAUCCUGCUUUUCACCGAGGUUACCACCACAACAAUGAACCUUCUGGAUGGGUUAAUGUUGGAUGUGCCUGAGGAGAUGGGUUUAAUAGCAAUUGCUGCUCGACAAACACAAGGGAAAGGUCGUGGUGGGAAUGUUUGGCUCAGCCCCAUGGGCUGUGCUCUCUCCACUCUGCAUAUCACCAUUCCCCUCCAUUCCAACCUAGGCCAGAGAAUUCCUUUUAUUCAGCACCUGGUGUCUCUGGCAGUGGUGGAGUCAGUCAGAUCAAUACCAGGAUAUGAGGAUAUUGAGCUGCGAGUGAAAUGGCCAAAUGACAUUUACUACAGUGACCUUAUGAAGCUUGGUGGAGUUCUGGUAAACUCGACACUUAUUGAAACAACAUUUCAUAUACUGAUUGGCUUCGGAUUUAAUGUGAGCAACAGCAACCCCACCAUAUGCAUCAAUGACCUCAUCACAAAAUUUAAUAAGGAAGAGGGGACAAAGCUGAAGCCUUUAACUGCAGACUGCCUCAUAGCCAGGACUGUCACUGUGCUGGAGAGGCUCAUAGACAUUUUUCAGGAGAAGGGGCCCAAUGGAGUUCUCCCCCGUUACUACAAGUACUGGGUGCACAGCGGAAAGCGAGUCCGUCUGCGCGGCGAGGACGGGCCGACCGCGUGGAUCGUCGGGAUAGACGACUACGGAUACCUUCAGGUCCACGAGGAAGGCAAAGGGAUCGAGUCUGUGCACCCAGAUGGCAACUCCUUUGACAUGCUGAGAAACCUCAUAGUCCCAAAGCAUUAACUGCCCCCAGAGCUCCCAGCACCAGGGGAAACUCUUUAGUGUUUGGCACCAUCGGCUGAACUUGCUCAGAGGUGGGAAGGGGAGUUGGCAGCUUGAUUUCUUUUUUUUUUCCUUCUGAUUUUCUGCUGUCUUUGGUUUUUGAUGUGGAUAACUUCAACAGCUCAAAAAGAGGUGGUGAUCUCAUAGCUGAAGGCCUUUAUUCUUUUGUAUCAACUUCAGAACACCCCGAUGUUGCCAUUCUUUGGAAGCGUCUGUUCUUUCUGAGGACUCUGGUUGCAAAGGAACCCUUUGCAAUGAACAGAACUUUCUCUUCAUUUACACACUGUAUUGGAGAAACUGAAGUGGCUGAAUAGUUCCUCUCUCUGUCUCUGUGUUUUUGUUGUACUUUAGCAAAAUGCAGGACGAUGUUUACUUUUUUUACUCUGUUUUUUUUUCAAACUGCCUUCUGGUUUAUGUGUUGUCUGCACUAAAAACAGCUGGAACAUCAGAUAUUUCUGACUUACUGGGAUUACCACUGUGCUUAACUUCAGGUCUAAGUGGAGAUCCUUGCCUUGGUUCUUCUCCCUGUGGGCCUGUGCAACAAUUUACCAACCUGUGCUUUGCUCUCAGGUCUCCAACUCUGUUGGUUGCCUUGAGUUUUUUGGAGAGUACUCCAUCAGCACUUAAGAACUGUGGUUGGUUAUCCAAAUCACUGGCACUGUGCUCUUCUUAGGCAACUGGAUCUGAGUAAAUCAUCUUAUAUGUCCUUUGAAUUAAUCUUCCAAGAGGAUUCAGCCCCUGUAAGAAAAGCCCACUGGAGUAGUGUCUGACCAAGGUCAUUGUGGAAUCCCACGUCAGGAGAGGGAAGCUCUAACUAGUUUAAAAUUGGAUAGUGGUUAUAUUGUGAUCUCAGUGAAGUGAAUAAAUGAGAGAUUCCCUGCUGUAAACAACUGCUGCAGUGAGAAAGAGAAAACACACCGUCCACCUGUGUCCAAAUUCUCCUCCACAGCUUCUGUUGUCACCCCCUUUCCCAAAGCAGAGCGUCUGGGUUUGCUGCCUGCCAUUAAAAGCAGGAGCUUUAACACCUGCUGACCUGAAAGGAGCUGUUUUUGGGGGCUGCCUGCACAGUUCCAGGUGGGGUGCAACACUUUACUCGUGACUGGGAAGCAUCCUGGAGCAUCCCCGUGGGAGUUUUCCGUGCGACAGCGGCUCGGCGGGUUUUUCUCCGGGGCCUUCACGCCAAGACUUGGCCACCACAGCUCUUCAAACAGUUCUGUGCAAAAUAACUUUUGUCCUAGGUGUGAUGUUUCCUCAAGCUUCAUUUCCUCAAGUAGGCAGCGCUGCUCGUUCCAUUCCCUCGUCCCCUGCUGGAGGGGGGAUCGGCCAAAUUGGUUUCCACAGAGGAAAUUACUUCCUACCCGCCAGAAAUGGGGGCUUGGGGUUAAAGUUCGCCUCAUAAACAAUCUGAACAUGUUAGGAGAUUGUUUCAGUUACAAAGCCAAGAAGUCUUAAAACCAGGAAACUGGUCUGUAAUGGUAAUUUUGACCAAUCCUCACAUAUUAGGGUUUAGGUGGUUUGGCAGCAAGUGCAGGGAAUUAAGUUGUCCCUGUAACGUUUAGGAUUUUCUGCUCCAUAUCACAGUGGAUUUGUCCGUGUCCCUGCUGGUUUGUUUUCCCCCACGAUCCAGAUCUUGUGAGGCUGCACACCAGAACUGCAGGGAACUGUCCAGUGGAGUGUAAACAGCUGUUGAUUGGCAUAAUUAAAAUGAUACACACCAACACCAGGUUUUGCUUUUUCCCACCUGAGGCUUUCAAAACUGCUUUGGGCUGAGAAUUUUCUGGCAGCUACCUUUAUUUCAGAAUGAAACACUGAUGCAUGUUGUAAUCAGCUGAAACUCUAGUCUGACUUAAUCAAGUUUCAGUAAAAAAGAAGAAACCACACUUAUGCACAUGCAUAAAAAGGGGGUGUGUGCAAGUGCACGCUCACAUCUUGUGCAUCUUCACUCAUUUUCUGCCUUUUCCCUCAAGCAGCUUAUGAGCAAUGUCAGCUGGGGGAAGCAGAGCUCUGGUACUGGUUUUCCAACCACACAGGUUUACAGAACUUUCCCUUAAUACGAUAUUUGUAGCUAAAACACCAUCUCCACUUUGGCUUUGGCACCGCAGGAUGUGCCCGUGGGAAGCACCUUGGAUUUUGCUCGUGUAUUCCAGGGAGACUGAGAAGUGCCUGUAGAGAUUUAUCAACCAGGUCAUGCUUGAAUGGCUUCCUUAAAAUGUGUUCUCCCUUCACAAGGGACAAAGAAUGACGGGGGAAAAGGAUAAAACAUGUUCCUGUGUGAAGGGAAGGAUGGACUUGCAAACCUUCUGUGGCUGAGGGAUUUUUUGGAGAGCAAAAUGCUGCAGCAUUUCCUGGUUGCUGUUGUUCUUUUUUUGGAUUCCUUCCUGGCUGCCUUAAUGAUAGGCUGGUUCUAUUCUCACUUUUGAGUUUUAAGGUUAUUCCAAAAAUUUUUGCAUUGGGGAGAGGCUUAGGAUUGAGCUCCCUUUCCACAAGCAAGAUCCUAAACUAAGUCUGGAUGUGUCUGGGAAUAUCACUUUGCCUUUUUUAGUGGCCUGUUCUGGUGUCCUAAAAAUGUCUAAAACUCACCUGUGGUCUGGAGGAAACUGCCUGGACUUUGGAUGGAGGGUUUGCUGCUUCCCCUUCCGAAGAACCAAAGACAGGGAAGAAUUCCCGUGGGACACUGAGAAGCUGGGAGAGGUCCUUGUGAGGAGCAGCUGCUCCUGUGGAGAAGCCCAGGAGCCCCUGUCAGGUAGAUGGGAAGCCCAGCCAGGAGCCUGACUCCUCCUGUGCCGAACUUGGCACGCCCAGAAAGCCGCAACAUUCUUGUAGGAAAAUCCUUGUUAUUCUUGUUCUCAGACAAAUGUGGUGCCGAGCGUCUCUGGACAUCGGUAUGGAGAGAAUCAGACAACUCCAGACCCAGGAGUAAUGCACUGAAAAUGUUUCAUUUCGUUCAACUGUCUGGAUUAGUAAAACACCUCUUCCAUUGUGGGGCUGAUGUCAUAUCUUAAACUAUUUUCUUGAUGAAGUGCUUUCAAAAAAGCCCCAUUUAUUGCGACGUCCAUAUUUCUGUGACUUCAUUUUUUUUUUUUUUUACUUUUCCCCCCCCCCCUUCUCCUGGACUCUGUUAUAACAUUUCUCAUUGUGAAAACAUUUGUGGAGGUUGUUUAUUGAUAGGAAAACUUCUGCUGGGCGUGUUGGCACGUGUGUGUGCGUUCAGAGGGAGGCCAGCAGGUUGUGCCCAGUCAGCAACAAAGCUACUUCCAAAGAUUUGAAAAAGUAAUAAUGUGCUUACCGUUUAAGAGCUCGAGCAGCACAUCUCGCUUCUAGUAAAAGGUUUAUAAGACUUCAGAGCUUUUGUUUUUUUUAUUAUUUUUUUUUUAAAUUUAUCCAGCAAAUCAAGGGCUAUUACCUGGAAAUAAUAUUAAAGCGUUUAAUCCUCUGUGCUGCUGUACAAAAAUUUAUUUCUUUGCUUUUCCCGAUUCAGCUGCAUCGGCAGUUUUCAGGAAUUGCUCUGUGCAACUCCUUUGGAAGACGCAGGAGCUUUAUAUGUGCAAAAAAAAAAAAAAAUGUCUGUCAUUGUGCUGAUUGCUGGGGGCAGCUGGUCCCAUGGAAGCAUUUGCAUGUGUAAGUGGCGGCGGCGAUGCAGCGCCCCGAGCCCCGCACCAAAGAAAUUAAAUCUGGGCUGAGGAAGGACCAGAGGUCAAAAAACGAUGGAGAAAAGAGAACUGCGGGAGAGAAUUGCGAACUGAUGUGGUGCUCCAGUAGCUCAUUAGUGAUUCCCUGUUAUUUGCAGCGUCCCCCCCCAAGUGUCUCUUCCUUCGAAACGUGGCAAAAAUACAACCAAUUUAAAAAAAAAUCCCUGUGUUUUAUAGUGUGUUAUUUAUCAGAUAUAAACCUCAAUUGAAAUAAAUUUUCAGAUGUCGA